GGGUUUCUCUCCACAUGAGGAGGUGAGCUGUGCUGCUCCUCUGAUUGUGCGGUGAUAGGCUUCACAUGAGGAAGGCUGUAAUUGAGGCGGAGCGCCGGAGUUUGUUACCCAACACUGACUGUAUAACUGCGAGCAGUGCGCCUGUCAGAGCGGGUUGUGAAGGCGGCGGCGGCAGAUGCGCCGUCCAGGCUGGUUUAAGUCCACUAAGAGGAGACUUAGUCCAAUUAAGAGGCAGGAGGCGGAAACCCACGCGCGUGUUUUUGCCAUUAAACUUAAACUCCGGCGAUGGAUAUGAGCGCGUGUGAUGACGACCUCCUGAUCCGAGCGGCUGUCAGUGAAGAAGUUGGACCCGGAGCGACACGGUAUCAUCAUCAUCAUCAUCUUCAUCAGAGAGAUGCUGCUGUGUGUUAGAUAGUCUCGUUAUUCUCAGACACGGUUUAAGCUCUUCAUAAGCUCCUCGAGAGCGUUUUCAGGGCCUGCCUGCGCGCGCGCGCCUCAUUCCGGAGUUUCCUCGAGCUGUUUUCGUCAAGGUGCACCGUCAACAUGGAAACGAUCGGUGACGUGCUGCUCGUCACCGCCAACCUCGGCUCACUGUUUGACCAGAUGGAUAAAAUUCAAAACGGAUGGUUACAAGAGUUGUAUAAGACCAUCCGCAGCUACAAGCCCAAGUUCAUCGCCCUGCACUUCCAGGAGGUGGGAGGGAAGGACUACACGGACAACAUGUGCCACGCUAAAGACUUCUUCGAAAAUAUUGAGUCCAGUGAGGAAAUGAAAGACUUUGACAGGGUCUGCACCUACGUGGACAACCAGUUCCAAGCAGAAGACAGCUUCACGGCGUUGGGGAGCAUCUACUUCAUCCACAAGACACUGAAAAACAUCUAUCAGUAUGAUUUUAACGUUAAAGAUUUUAAAGCAGUGUCAGGACAGAAGAAGCACAUGGGCUCUCUGGACGGGGUCAGCACAGUGGAGAAAGAAAAAUUCCCAAAGAAUUUCUGGCCCGAUUUCAAGUGGUCCAGAAAGGGCUUCAUGAGGACCCGCUGGAUCAUACACAACCAAGGUCUGGACCUGGUCAAUGUUCACCUGUUCCACGAUGCCUCCAACCUCAUUGCCUGCAACUCCAGUCCUUCCAUUUACUCAGCCAACCGCAAAAAUGCUCUCAGAUAUGUCAUCAGCAGGAUAUCAGACAGCUGCUACACUCCUAUGCCUUUCUUCCUGUUUGGGGACUUUAACUUCCGUCUGGACACGCAAAGUCUGGUCCAGCAUCUGUCCACGUCAGCCGAUGUGCAGACAGUGAAGAAGGACAGCAGUAACGAAGUGCAGAAGAUCAUCUGCGAAGAAAAAGACAACGACCACCAGGUGCUGCUCCACAUCGAGGAGAAGCUGUUUACUUACCUGCACCAGGCGGUUUUCAGGGAGGACAGCGGCAAGGCGCUUCUGAAAUACGACAAAGAAGCCGCAGCCUUUCAUGAUGUUAUUAGAGAAGAAGACAUCACAUUUCCACCCAGCUACCCCUACAGUGAAGACGACACUAAACCGACCCAGUACAUGAACACUCGCUGCCCCGCCUGGUGUGAUCGGAUCCUCAUGUCACACACUGCCCAAGAAAUCAUCCAGAAGAGAGAGGACGGUGAGAAGAACGUUGUUUACAACACAAUGGGUCCUAACAUCUGUAUGGGCGACCAUAAGCCGGUGUUCUUGUUCUUCUCGCUGAAGACAAAUGACCAUUGACUCUGAUCCUUGUGAACGGUCUAUAAUCGUACCACAGUCUCAGUACCCGAGGGUAAACGGCAUGCCACAACCCACCCAUCAACCAACUGUGGGUCCCAACACAGGGAGCCCACCACCGGUGUCUCACAACUGAUCCCACUGGCAUGAGCACAGAUCAGCAGGAUUUUUUUUUAUUUUUGAAGCUGAUCCUCAGCUCACUCUCACAUCCUGAGGACACUUCUACAAUACAGACUGUGGACCAGACCUCUUUCUUUACACGGAUGUGUACAUGCAUAUGCAAAACAUGCAAGAUUUUUGAUUUGCAGUUUUUGCAUUUUUAAUCUUUUUUUCUUUUUACAGGCAGUGUCCCAGCCAAACAUCACAAAUUCACUUAUUUCUCAUCGGCCCUAAAUAAUUUAUCAAACCUCUGCAAUCAGCCUCUUUGCAGCCACUCAAGUGGGUUCAGUAGGGAUUUAAUUAGCAGUUAAAUUGAGCCAAUCAGAAUCCAGUAUUGUGAAACUCCUGUGUAAAUAUUUUUUUUUAGCUAAACAUUAUAAAGAUUAGUGUUACUAAUGUCAGUGCAAAAUCUAGAAUAUACAGGCUCUUUUAUUAAUCAAAUAUCGAGGCAGGCCGACUGACUCUGUUUGUGUGCAUGCUUUUAUUUCGGGUGUUUGUCAUUUUUAGUUCAGGUGUUUACUUUUUUAAAGUAGUUUACUGUCACUGUAGCACAGUUAGAGGAAUGCUGCUAUCUCAGUUUCCCGUCGCCGCGGCGGUGGCGAUGUCCUCUCGAGAUAAGACAUCAUUUACGAAGAAUUUUUUUCGUUGACGUGUUUUUGUUCUUCAUGUAGCUUCUUCCUCACCGCAGCUUUGGCUCUUGAUUAACACAGAAAUUCAGAAUUGGUAAACGUGUAUGAUGAUUUUUUAAUAAUGAAGUUAUGUAGAAAUGACACUAGACGGUGUUACAAAAAGAAGGCAUCAUUUUAAAGCGGCAACAAAGCGACUCCAGCAGGAAUUAAUAAGUAGCAUUAUUUUACUGUUUUAACACCAACUGUACAUUAAUACCAAGUGCUUUGUUUCGAUCUUUACAGUUUGUCUGCACAGAAAUCUGUUCUGUUCCUUUUCUUUUCAUUGCCAAAAGAUUUUUACUGUAGGCCUCACAUGUUUACUUCUAACUGUAGUAAAAGAGUGUGGAUGUUUCCAUCGCAUGGUUUCACUUGAACUAUAUAUACAGUUUAUACACGUGUGAGUGUGUGUGUGCACAGAAGACACCGUUUGCUUUUGGAUUUUGUAUUGUUGAGUCAUAGUCUCAUCCCGUAGCACCACUCCUGUUUUUGAUGCGUGAAUUAUGAUUUGUUUGUUCUGGCUUUAAUGAUGUCUAAUUGAACUGAAAGAAUUUAAAAUCUGUUCAUCCGUCUGUCCGUCAGCUCUACCCGGUUCUGUCCUGCUAACUGCUUUUGUGAAACUCUUUUUUUCGUCUUGCACAGCUCGGCUGCAUUACACGCUCCCUGCGUUCAUACAGAACAACUUCAUGCAUAAAUCCGCCAAUAUUCAAAUCAAGUUUGGACUGUCGGUCGUGUUUGUACAGUUGGACUGAAGCCUCGCCACAAUACAAGUGAUGCAAAUGUCUGUGUAUUGACCAGUCAUAGAGUGAAGUUCAUUGCAGGCCAGUAUUACCUUUUUAGAUAAAUUCUGGUCAAACACUACAUCAUUGUGAUAUUUCACUUUUGUAAAUAAAAUAUUACCCUCGUAAA